AUAGAGGAAUGCAGCAUGAGGCGGGCUGUUUGGCUCUUCACACUUGCGACUCUGCUUCGAGAAUCAGUGCAGGGGCCACACCAGCGCUUCCUUCUCAAGGAGCUGUUGAGGGACUACAACCCCAUGGAGCGACCCGUGGCCAACGACUCCCACGCUCUCACAGUCCAGUUCUCCUUCAUUCUGAUUCAAGUCAUGGAUGUGGAUGAAAAGAACCAGAUUCUGACCACGAACGCCUGGCUGCAGAUGCAGUGGCAUGACCACUACCUGCAGUGGAACCAGUCAGAGUAUCCUGGAGUGAAGAACCUGCGUUUCAGCCCCGACCAGGUUUGGACCCCUGACAUAUUGUUGUACAACAGCGCUCACGAUAAGUUUGACGCCACCUUCAAGACCAACGUGCUGGUCAACUCCAGUGGCUUCUGUGAGUUUCUGCCUCCAGGAAUAUUUGUCAGCACAUGUAACGUGGACGUGAGAUGGUUUCCAUUUGACAUCCAGCGAUGUGAGCUGAAGUUUGGCUCGUGGACUUUUGACGGCUGGCUGAUGGACAUCCAGAUGAAGGAGGCCGACGUGUCAGGGUACAUGUCCAAUGGAGAGUGGGAUCUGAUGGAGGUCCCUGGAGGUCGCCACGAGGUUUUCUACGACUGCUGCGCAGAGCCGUACCCUGACGUUACGUUCGUGGUGACGUUACGACGGAGAACGUUGUUCUACGCUCUCAACCUGCUGAUUCCGUGCGUGCUCCUCUCCUCCAUGACCCUGCUGGUCUUCCUGCUGCCGGCUAACUCCGGGGAGAAGAUCAGCCUCGGCAUCACUGUUCUGCUGUCUCUAACGGUCUUCAUGCUGAUGGUUGCAGAGAUUAUGCCCGCCACUUCCGAUUCAGUACCCCUGAUUGGCCAGUACUUUGCCAGCACCAUGGUGAUUGUUGGGAUGUCAGUGGUGGCCACAGUCAUCGUCCUCCAGUUCCAUCACCACAGUCUGAACAAUGGACACAUGCCACGUUGGGUGCACUUGGUUCUGCUGCAGUGGGUUCCUUGGUUUCUGCGUAUGAAGCGUCCAGGCGAGGGAGCGGAGCCAAAUCUCUCAAACUGCCAAGCAGACUCUCGCAGCAAGACGUUGUCCUCUCCUACCACCACAACCACCACCACCAUCCCCACUCCAGCCCCAUCUGUCCUCCCACAGAGCCUCAACUCUCUGCAGGCGAGCCUGGCCCAGCUCAGCCACCCACUCCGACCAAAUUUCCACACCAAUACCCUUCCUAACACGAGCCACAGAGACCCCAACCCCAAUCCACACCUGCAGCCUAAUGGCCACCUGCCUUACAUGGGCUUUCAGACCUUCCAGACCACUGCAGAACUGGAACCAGCCCAGAGGUGCAGAACCACCAGCCAUGGGAGGAACACCAGAGGAGAGGGAGAGGAAGGGGCAGCAGUGGGAGGAACAAGUGGAGAUUUACCAGCACAACAACACCUCCAACCUUCAAAGUUUGGGAUGCCCCCAUUGGAAACUCUUGCAUCCCCUGACCCUGAUCCCUCCACUGCAGCCCCCUGUGGUGUAGAGCCGGAGGGAGGGAGAUCAGCACCUCUGCACGCCCAGAGCGGGCUCAUUCGAUCUGUAGCAGUGGACAACCAGCUGCAGGCUCUCCUGGUGGAGGUGCAGUUCUUGGUGGAGCGUGUUCGCGAGCAGGACCGUCAGCUGAGCGUGGCGGAGCAGUGGCAGUUCGCUGCAGCCGUCAUCGACCGCCUGUGCCUGGUUGGGUUCAGCGUCUUCAACAUCAUCUGCACCAUCGCUAUCCUCAUGGCUGCACCCAACUUUGGAGUGGCCCUGUCCAAAGACUUCCUCUGAAAGGUUUUAGAAAGAGGUGGUGGCAUUAAAUCUGA